CGCCAGGAGGUUGAGAGAGCGGGAAACAAAGAGGUCGUGGAUGGCGGUAAGCUUGUUGCACACCGAUCGGGCGUUCAGGAGUGCACAUGAAAAUGGGGGGGAGAUUUUAGGGAGCAGGGGGACAGAUACUAAGUUACGGGGGUUGCAGCAGGACGUGGAGGCGGGAGGGUGUUGUGUGGGUGAGGGAGGUGGUGAAGGGCCAGGAUUCGGGGAGAUGUCCCCUGCGGUUAUGAGGAGGAGAAGGGUGAGAAAGGUGGCAUGGGAGCGGGAUGUGCAGGAGCGUGUUGGGGUCAGUGGGAGAGUGGAAUAAUAGGAGGAGGCGGUGGGUGCCGUAGAGGGGCGAAGG